AAGGGUUAACCGCAAGCACCGCCUGCUGGGGGCGGAGCCAGGACAGGAAGAAUUCUGGGGGUCAUUGCAGGAGCUUUAGAUGGCCAUGUCUGUAGGUGGCCCCCUUAUGCGGGUUAAUGUCCUCCUUCGCCAACACCUUUGGGCAUCCCUGGAGCAUCCCAGUUGCAGCAUCCAUGCCUCUUGUGCUGUGUUUGCCGGACACAACAAGUGGUCCAAAGUAAAAAACGUUAAGGGACCCAAGGAUACGGCUCGAAGCCGCGUCUUUCAGAAGCUCUCCAUGAUGAUAAAACUGGCUGUAAGAGAAGGAGGUCCCAAUCCGGAGCUGAACACUAAUUUAGCCAAUGUUAUUGAGCAAUGUCGUAGCAAGAACAUGCCGAAGGCCUCCAUUGCAGGAGCUAUCAGUGUUGAGGAAAAAUCGAAAUCCUCCUACCAGGUGUAUGAAGUGCGUGGUCCUGGGGGCUCCUCCCUACUUGUUGAAGUACUGUCGGAUAACAUGAAGAGGCCCUUACAGGAAAUUCGACGCCUUCUGAACAAAUAUGGGGGAGUCCUUGCUGACGGAGCGCGGCACAACUUUGAAAAGAAGGGGGUUAUCAUGGCGGGCAUCAAGGACCGAGCUGGUAAUCCCGUGAGCCUGGAACGGGCACUUGAGUUGGCUAUUGAAGCUGGUGCAGAAGAUGUCCAAGAAGAGGAAGAUGAGGAGGAGAAAAUGAUGCUGAAGUUCAUCUGCUCCGUGCCUACCUUGAGGCAAGUCCGUGAAAAGUUGGACGCGCUGGGCCUCUGCUCGCAGUCAGUCAGCCUUGAGUUCAUCCCAACUAUUACAGCCCAGUUGUCGGACGAUGAGAUGGAUCGGACAGCACAGCUGCUACAGGCAUUCGGAGACUGUCAAGAUAUCAUACGAGUAUAUGACAACAUUGCCUAAAAUUACCGCCGAACUCCAUAAGGUCUCUUCCUCUCUCUCUGAGCUGCCAAAAAACGUACAAAUUGAGUGACCUUUCAUGGACGUCAGAUCCGGGGUGGCUUUUUAUCUGUCAAAACUGACUACCUGGGGUUAGGGUUGGCCCUUUGGGCUGCCCUCACAGGUACCAUUCCUCACCUAAAGGGAGCCCUUCUAAAGGUAACGAAUGUCAACAUUUAAUGGUAAGGGGAUGUCAGGAACAAACCACCAUCAGCUUGUAGCAUUCGCUGUUGAAGCACAUCAACUCCAGCCAUAUUGAUAGCUUUACAGUCUGGCUAAUGGCCUCGUGUUGGUCCAGGGAUGGCGGCGAGUUGUGAGUAUUCCUGAGCCAGAGGCUGGUGUAGUUGUUGAAUUGCUUCCUGUGUUACCUAAACCCAUCUCAGGAGAAUUCAGUUCUUAACUUUUCCUUCAGAUGUUAUUUCUGGGUGUGAUAAGACAGGUAACCCUGGAAAAUAAAUGCUUCUGGUAACAUUGA